AUGGAUCGGAGUUGGAUGAAAGCUAAUAGAUUAAGUGCUGAGUUUGAACAGGGAGUGAUUGAAUUUCUUCGAUUUGCUGAAAUCAAUCUUCCAUCUCCCGAAAGUAAUGCUAAAAAAAACCUUUCGACUCCCGAAAGUAAUGACGAAAAAAAUCUUCCCCCUAAAAGUAAUGUACAUUUUCGAUGUCCAUGUGUUCUUUGUGGAAAUAAAAAAGAAAUUCAUAAGGACCAAAUCUUUAGUCAUCUCAUUUGCAAUGGGAUUUGUCAAAAUUAUACAAAAUGGAUAUGGCACGGUGAAAAAGUAACAAAGCGAAAUGUGUCCCAAAGAGAAAACGUUAGUGUAGAUAUGGAUGAUCGUCUUGAAGACAUGAUGCGUGAUAUCGGAGAAGACUCGUUUAAGAGGGCUCAUGUGCAUGAUACUUUGUGCAGCGACAAGGAUACACCUUUGUACUCGGGAUGCACAAAUUUUACACGUUUGUCAGCGGUGUUAAAGUUGUUUAAUCUGAAGGCAAAGAAUGGGUGGACCGACAAAAGUUUUAGCGAAUUGCUUGAAUUGUUGACACAAAUGCUUCCUGAAGGUAACGUAAUACCAAACCGGUGUUACGAGGCGAAAAAAGUAUUGUGUCCGAUGGGUUUGGAGUAUGAAAGGAUACAUGCAUGCCCUAAUGAUUGCAUAUUAUACAGAAAAGAGUUUGUAAACUCUGAUCAUUGUCCGAAGUGCAUGGCGUCACGCUACAAAAAGAAAGAUGGUGAUUCUAGUGAUGAUGUGGUGACGAAAAAGGGUUCUCCCGCGAAAGUUGUAUGGUACCUACCAAUAAUUCCAAGGUUCAAGAGAUUGUUCGCUAAUGCAAAUGACGCAAAGAAUCUUAGAUGGCAUGUAGAAGAGAGAAAAUUUGAUGGACAAAUUCGCCAUGUAGCUGAUUCUUUGCAAUGGAAGAAAAUCGAUUCUUUGUUUCCAAAUUUUGGCAAGGAGUCGAGAAACCUUAGACUUGGACUUGCUACUGAUGGAAUGAAUCCGUUUGGCAAUCAAAGUACUAACCAUAGUUCAUGGCCUGUUCUGCUCAUGAUUUACAACCUAUCUCCUUGGUUGUGCAUGAAGCGUAAAUAUAUUAUGUUAUCGAUGAUGAUUUCAGGCCCAAGACAACCCGGAAAUGACAUAGAUGUUUAUCUAAGUCCCCUAAUUGAUGAUUUAAGAGUGUUGUGGGAGGAAGGAGUUGAUGUUUUUGAUGCGUAUUCUGGAGAACAAUUCAAUAUGCGUGCAAUGUUGUUUUGCACCAUCAACGACUUUCCGGCAUAUGGCAAUUUGUCUGGGUAUAGCGUUAAAGGGCACCUAGCGUGUCCUAUAUGUGCAAAAGACACAAAUUUCAAGCAAUUGAAAAAGGGAAAGAAGACUGUGUAUCUUGGGCAUCGGAGAUUUCUAAACCGUUAUCAUCCAUAUCGUAGAUUGCGGAAAGCUUUCAAUGAUCACCCAGAGGAUGGUGUUGCUCCGGAGCCCUUAACUGGAGAGCAAGUUUAUGAACUACAACGUGAUAUUAAUGUUGUCUUUGGAAAGGACGUUGCAAAGGACGUUGGAAAGGGCAAAAAAAAGGCCAAAAAAAAGUCUGAUGUUCAAAAAAAGUCUGAUGUGAAAAUUGCAUGGAAAAAGAGGUCGGUGUUCUUUGAUCUUCCAUAUUGGUCCAGUCUUGAUGUAAGACAUUGUAUUGAUGUGAUGCACGUGGAGAAAAAUGUAUGUGAUAGUGUAAUCGGAACACUUCUCAACAUUGCAGGCAAGACAAAGGAUGGUAUAAAUGCUCGUCUUGAUAUGGAUUUGAUGGGUAUACGAAAAGAGCUAUUACCACAACAAAUAAAUAACAGGACAUAUUUGCCACCAGCAUGUUACACUUUGUCUAAAAAAGAGAAAACAAGUUUUUGUGAGUGUUUACAAAGUAUCAAAGUGCCGCAUGGUUACUCAUCAAAUGUCAAGAAGCUUGUAUCAAUGAAAGAUCUCAAAUUAAUUGGCUUAAAGUCUCAUGAUUGUCAUGUGUUGAUGCAACAACUCCUACCCGUGGCUAUUCGUGGGAUAUUGCCUGACAAUGUUAGGAAAACUAUAAGUAGGUUGUGCUUAUUCUUCAAUGCAAUAUGUUGUAAAGCCAUUGAUCCAUUGAAGUUAAACGAGUUGGAAAAUGAGGCUGCAGUUAUCUUGUGUCAAUUGGAGAUGUAUUUCCCUCCUUCAUUUUUUGACAUUAUGGUUCACUUAAUUGUUCAUCUAGUACGAGAGAUUAGAUUGUGCGGACCCAUUUAUUUAAGGUGGAUGUAUCCAAUAGAGCGAUAUAUGAAGAUCCUAAAAGGGUAUACAAAAAACCCGCACCGUCCGGAAGCAUCGAUCGUUGAGAGGUACAUUGCAGAAGAAGCUAUUGAGUUUUGUUCAAACUAUUUGUCAGAAGUGGAUGCUAUAGGGGUUCCUAAGUCUCCUCACGAUGGAAGAUGUGGAGGUAGGGGUAUACAAGGUUUAAAUGUCAAGAGCAUGAGUGCUCAGGUUGCUUAUGAUGGUAGUGAUUCUGAUACAAUAAAGUGGUUGUCCUAUGAGCCUAAACGUAACAUAAUAACUUGGAGUGCAUUUGAUAUAAAUAGAACUUCCUUUUAUACAAAACUAAAGGAUGAUUGUAGUACCAUGCAAAAUAGUGGGGUUAUGGUUGUGGCUGAGUCCAUGCAUUUCUCUAGUUCCAAGGAUAAAAACCCGGUUAUGGCAUCUUCGCCCUACUAUGGGGUGAUUGAAGAGAUUUGGGAGGUUGAUUACGUUAUGUUUAAAGUGCCUCUAUUUAAAUGCAAGUGGAUUAAUAUUAACAGUGGUGUGCGAAUCGAUGAAUUAGGAUUUACAUUGGUCGAUCUUUGCAAGUUAGCUUAUACCGACGAACCUUUCAUCAUGGCAUCCCAAGCAAAACAAGUGUUUUAUGUUAAAGAUCCUUCGCCUAACAGUAGGUGGUCGGUGGUUUUACAAGGAAAAAAUGUGCAAGGUAGUGAUGAAAAUCAAGAUGUGAUUCUUGAUAUUUCCGAAACUCUUCCAUUCUCAACAAAUGUGCCUACCUUCGUUGAAGAAAAUGAAGAGGAUGACGUGCAAGCUAUUCGUUCGGAUCAUCAAGAAGGGAUAUGGCAGGACUAG